UUACCUAUCAAUCAGUCUUUUGUUAUCACUUUGAUCUUGUCUACGCGAAGCAGUCUCCGACUUACCAAGAUACCAAAGUCUAGAGAGAAGACCAAAGAGCACAAAAAGAGAGAGAGAUGAGGUUGUUCGAUCCAUGGCCAGUAUUCUUCAAGAGAGAAUGGAAACGUUGUUGGCCGUUUCUCACUGGAUUCGCCGUCACCGGCGUCCUCAUCACCAAGCUCACGGCUGGACUCACCGAGGAAGACGCCAAGAACUCCAAGUUUGUCCAACAACACAGGCGGUGAUCUACUGAUGUGAGUUGUAGAAGCGAGUAGGCUAAGCGUUCUUAUGGAAACUACCGUGAGUGCUUCAGCUUAAACCUGUUCUAAUAACAUGAAAGAGAGAAUUCUAGACACUAUUAAUCUCUCUUUUUCCGCUUCUCUGUGUUUUCACAGCUCUUGAACAAUGCAAAUUCUACUUUGUUGACCCGAUUUUUUCUCUAUAUGUUUGAAAUGGAUUUCUUCCUCUCUCUUUGUUCCCCCAAUAAGAAUAUAUGGUUAAGUAAGCCUCAA